UGCUGUAACUGUGGGCUCAUUCCAGAGAAUCUAAAGCUCAGUUGAUCAGCCUCUCACAUUUUCUUACUUCAGAUGAAUCUGGACUGCAAGAUCCCUGUUAGGAAGGAAUGGCACUGCUCGGUAAUUUGCUCUGUAGGAUGUUGAGCCUCGCUCUCCCUGGCCCAAAUGCAAGAUGUCAGGAGGAAAACGGGGAGCCUGGUGCAGAUCCUGGGAGUUCAGCACAGAGCUGUAAGGAUGAACUCAUGUGUAAUUCUCCAGCCUGAACAGACCAGGUUUCUAAGGAUCCAUCCCUACAAAUACAGGGAAUAAUGCAAGGAGUGCUCCUGAGGAAACACCCCCCAAGAAUCCUAUGAACAGUCUGGCUUGAAUGGCUUGGGGAAGUUGUUUGUGUAUGGAAAAAAUAACCAGGAUCUGAAAGUACCUGCUGGCUUGGAUUAGUUUUCUUCUACACUGCCUUUGCCCUCGAAUUGCCCAUGUUUUCUGAAGGCUUAAACACCAUUCAUUAAUUUUUUUUUUAAGUACAACCAAAAAGAUCCCAAGACCCCUGAAUGAAUCUGGUGUUUGCCUAUAACUGCAUUUUCUUCUUUUUCACCAUUUUACUCAGAAUACUGGAAAUGCUGAACAUUAGUGCAGAACUGGUGUCUGGUUUUGUGGCUGGGAUGAUGAGCUGCAGAGGUGGUUUUCCCUCCCCACUCACGUGGAUGCUGCAGGAUACAGAUAAGCUGCUUCUGUUUGACAGCAGCACUCAUUUAAAGCUUUCUGUAUCAUUGCCUGUCCCAACCCGUGGUGCCUCUGGAUUGUCACCCCCGGAGGAACAGCGAAGAGUGGCCUGGAUCAGCCUGCUCUGAGGCUCACAGAGUCGGUGUUGAGACAAGAUUACGCCUGGGGAUCCCUGGUCCCAGCUCAUCCUCCCCUGGGACUCGGUCCCCCUGGAGAGCUGUUGCCACCAGAGGCAGCCACUCCAUUGUCACUGCUCUGGCCAGGCCAGCAGUGGUGACAGCAGCUGUCCCUGUUUGCAGGGGGAAACUGAUUUCCCCACGGAGCCACAGGGAACAGGAUCUGGUGAGCUCCAGUUCCCUGCUAGGGAGGGCGUGUAACUGUGCCCUCAAAGGGCAGAAGUUGCUCUCAGUGUUGUCAAAUAAUGACUCAUUUCUGAUGGAAGUUUGAGGGCGCAGGCGGCGCCAGCGCAGGGACCGCCCGGGCGCUGCAUCACAGCCUCGGCAGCAGAGAAAUCAGGAAAUCGGCCCCAGCUCUGCCGGGGAGCUGCUCUCGCACGUAGUGCUCGGCUCUGUGUAGGACAGAGACUGCCCAGGAGCUCAGGGAUCCCAGCCCAGGCUCAGCUGUGAGCUUCCCUGGCCCCGCCGUCCCCGGCCCCUCAUGGGCACCACUGAGAAGCACUGGCCCCCCGGCACGCAGUGUGUCACCAAGCAUGACCACAGCAAGCCCAAGCCCCGGGAGCUGGCCUUCCGCAAGGGGGACAUGGUCACCAUCAUCGAGGCCGUGGAGCUGGUUCCACGGGAAGAUCUCGGGGCUGGAGGCGGUGCAGGAGCUGCAGCCCCCCGAGGAUGGGCUGUUCCUGGUGCGUGAGUCUGUGCGGCACCCCGGGGACUACGUGCUGUGCGUGAGCUUUGGCAAGGAGGUGAUCCACUACCGCGUGGUGCACGAGGAGAACACGCUCAGCAUCGACAGCCAGCAGUACUUCUCCAACCUCAUUGACAUGAUUGAGCAUUACAUGAAGGAGCAGGGAGCCAUCUGCACCAAGCUGGUGAAGCCCAAAACAAAAUCUGGGAUGAAGUCAGCUGAGGAGGAGUUGGCCAAAGCUGGCUGGUUGCUGAACCUGAAGCACCUCACACUGGGAGAGCGCAUUGGGCAAGGCGAGUUUGGAGAUGUCCUGCAGGGCGAGUACUUGGGGCAGAGGGUGGCUGUGAAGAACAUCAAGUGUGAUGUGACUGCCCAGGCCUUCCUCGCUGAAACAGCUGCCAUGACGAAGGUCCGGCACAAAAACCUGGUGUGUUUGCUGGGAGUGAUCCUGCACAAUGGCCUCUACAUUGUCAUGGAGUUCAUGAGCAAGGGAAACCUGGUGAACUUCCUGCGCACACGGGGCCGGGCGCUUGUCUCAACCCAGCAGCUCCUCCUGUUCUCUCUGGAUGUGGCUCAAGGCAUGGACUACCUUGAGUCCAAGAAGUUGGUGCACCGGGACCUGGCUGCGCGCAACAUCCUCAUCUCCGAGGAGAAUGUGGCCAAAGUGAGCGACUUCGGCUUGGCCCGGGUCAACCCCAAGGGUGCAGAUGCCACAUUGCUCCCUGUGAAGUGGACGGCACCAGAGGCCCUGAAACACAAUAAAUUCUCCUCCAAGUCGGACGUGUGGAGCUACGGGAUCCUCCUGUGGGAAACCUUUUCCUUUGGACGGGCACCCUACCCCAAGCUGGCCCUGAAGGAGGUGACGGAGCUGCUGGAGCAGGGGUACCGCAUGGACGCCCCCGAGGGCUGCCCUCCCACCGUCUAUGCCCUGAUGAAGAGCUGCUGGGAGCUGGAGCCAGGCAAGCGCCCGUCCUUCAAGAAACUCACAGAGAAGCUGCAGAAGGAGCUGAAGCACCUGAGGGACAUUUAACCCCCAUCCUGCUACCAGGACACAGGACCUGAAGCCCCUAGACCCUCCAGGGUUGCAAAUGGCAGGGCAAGAGGGGCCAGGAACAGGAAGGCCUGUGGUGCUGCCCUCUCCCUGUGGAGAUGGGGGAGCAGCCUCCCUCCAUCCCAGCAUGGUCCUUCCACCCACCACACAGCCCAGACAAGGUUGCCAUGGGAUUGAUCUCCCCUGGCCCACCACAGUGGGGAGCACAGACCCCAAGGCAGCCAAGCCCACAGCCCUGUGCUCAGCCCCAGGAGCAGAUGCUGUGUGUGGGGUCCCUUCAAGCUGCAAGUCCCAGUGCUGGGAGACAGGACUGGACAUCUCCACUCGCUGGGGGAUGAGACCCCACCCUGACUCAGCCCUGCCCCAGCGCCCAGCCCCACACGGGGAUGCUGGCACAGCCAGAUAACCACAUGGAUUUGGGCUUUUUGAUUAAACCAAAGAAUCUAGUUCAACAGCA